ACGCCAGAGGGGCGGCGCGCGCAGGCGGCGGCGGCGUCAUCAGGGCGAGCGGCCACGCCGGGUGCGAGCGCGGCGCCCGCCGGGCCCUGCGCAGCGGAGCGGAGCGGAGCCGAGCCGGCGGCUGCGCCUGCGCCUGAGCCGCGCGGGAUCGCGCUCAGGCGGCGCCCCCGCCGGGCCGCGCCGGGCCGGUGCUGCCUCCCGUGGCCUCGGAGACCCGCCCGCUCUUACCGGCGGCGAGCAGCCGGCCCGCGGCGCCGGGUCCCGGCGCGGCGCGGGGAGGGGAGGGGGGGAAGUCGCGGCCAAUCACUGCGGAGGGGGUGAGCGGCGCCGCCCAAUCGGCGUGAGGCGCCGCGCCGGCCGGCCAAUCGGCGGCGCGCGCGCGGGGGCCGCCCACCAACCCGCGGCGCCGCCGGAGCCGCCGCCGCCGCCGCGCGCCAGGGAGCCGGGAGGGCGCGCGCCGGCGGGGAUGUCCUACAAGCCCAUCGCACCUGCCCCCGCCACCCCCGGAGCCGCCGGCACCAGCACGAGCAGCAGCGCCAGCCCCGCCCCGCCCGGGCCGGGGGCCCCACCCGCCGCCACGAGUGUCCCGUCGCCGUCCGGAUCCGUGCCUGGAGCCGCUGCCCCCUUCCGGCCCCUCUUCAAUGACUUCGGCCCGCCGUCCAUGGGCUACGUGCAGGCUAUGAAGCCGCCGGGCUCGCAGGGCUCCCAGAGCACCUACACGGAUCUGCUCUCUGUCAUCGAGGAGAUGGGCAAGGAGAUCCGGCCCACCUACGCGGGCAGCAAGAGCGCCAUGGAACGGCUGAAACGGGGCAUCAUCCACGCUCGGGCACUGGUGAGGGAGUGCCUGGCGGAGACAGAGCGCAACGCACGCACGUAACGGCCACUCUUUAUGGACCUUUCUAUCCGCGAGCAUCCAAGACCUGGAGGUCACCCACCCCUGUGAACCUUGCCACCAAUCAGUGUCUUGAGAGCCUGGUUCUCCCUUUGCCCCGUACAGACCUUUUUACCUGACGGCCACCUCAUCCUUGGCAGCUGCCUGCUGCCAGGCGGCGCUGGGAGGCCGGCCUUUUGCUGCGUGCUGCGAGCACCUCCAAGGCUUUUCUUCUCUCUUUAUAAAUGCUUGUUUUUAUAAAUAAAGGAAAUUGUCGGGAUUCUGA